AGAAGAUCGAGAUCCACUUGCACCAUAGGCAUAGGUAGUGCAGCGAUUACCAUGAUGUACUAGACAAUUUAUUAUCUCCAAUUUCCAAGAAAAAUGAACGACGUUGCCCGCGUCUUCCAGGAUUUGGACUCCUUGAGGGAGUUGGUUCUUAGGCACCUGGACAAGAGAAGCUCCAAACGAACCGAGAUAGAUGUCAGAUUCGAGAGCUUGACUGGUAACAUCGAUGCGAUCCUGGAGGCAUGGCAUAAAAAGCAUCGAGACUUGCAAGCACAAGCUGUCGAACGGGAAAAGUUACGGAUAGAUUUAGACGGAUUUCGAUCGUUUCCUAUUGGGAUAACGAUAAGAAUUUUUGACACCGAAUAGUUUUGGUUACUCUCACAACUCCUGUCAUAACUAGUUCGUUGUAGUACAGGUAGUCGCUUUUGCAGGAUAUUCAUCUUCUAUCGGCAUCGUGAUCCAUCCUCUAAGCCGAACUGUCAAGAGCCUGUCGGAUAGUAUUAAAGCUUUGCGCGUACGGCUAGGGGUUGGUGGAGGUGCAAGUAGUAGUGGAGUUGGUUCACUCUCUGAUGCAGUUGUAGGUCAGCAUGCUGAACAGAACAAAAGUUUGCGUCGACAGGUGCUGCAUUUGCGAACGCUAGUACGUGGCCAACAAGGGGAAAUCAAACAGCUGAAAAAUGAACGGGAGACGGAAAGAAUAUUGAAGGAUGUCGUCGACGAGCAAAUAGAAAUACCCUCAUCUUCUAGAUCCAACAAAAAUGAGCUGCAGUCGUCUUUCUCUGCAACAUCCUUGCUGAGCACACGAAUGAAAAACUCCUAUGAUCCGAACCCGAGGAUGCGGAACACUCAUCAUGCGAUGUCGGCGCCCAGUCAGCUGAACCUACUCUUCUAUCCCUCAACUACGUCUCCUUCAAAAAAUACCGCGCCAACAAUUACCACUAGUUUGCUAAGGCGUCCUGGGAAUAAAACCUCUCCAACAAAGCCUCAACAGCGUCUGUUGGAAAUCGAGCCUGCCUUGGGGAAACUAAAGAGAAUGUGUGGUGCGCUAGUUUCUUCCAGCUCUGGCCCGAUGCCAGUUGAUAUCACAGCGCUCCGGAAAAAGCACGAAGCGAUUCAUGCAAAGGACAAAGUCUGCCGCGUGGAAUUUGCCAACAAAUUGAAACAGUUGGAGCAAGGUACUGGUGCAACUUACUGUACUACAUCUAGGUAGACGUUCUAAGCUGUAAAUUGCACCUUGCUUCAGCACAUUUUGCUGGAAGCGUACCCCUCCCCUUAACAUCAUAUCCAGGUUUCCUCACCAUCCAGCCAAACGGAUUAUGGGAAUUUGACAAAAGCUUUGCCCGUCUCAACGAGUCCUUCAUCGUACGCCUUGAAGCCUUGACGAGAGCUCUUGCCUAUGCCGAAAGCCAAAUCAAAGCCAAAGGUUCGUGGAUACCUUCUGCAACUACAUCUAAAAACACAACUUCUACCUCCAUCGCUAUUGAGACCGAAAUCAACACUGCACUCCUUGCUGCUGCGGCUGUAGCACGUGAGAAAUACGAGAAGAAUGCACACCUGUACGAACAAGUAGCCUGCCGAGAGGAGUUGAAGACGGAAAUGCGAAAAAUGGGAACGUCCUGGUCGUUUCAGCUAGUGAGUGGGGCAUCUCCAUCUUCUUCCUCAUUACCAAGAAGUGGCGAUGCUUUUUAUGACCGGAGCAGGGCAUUUUCUUCCACGUCGAGAUGGACAGACACCUAUAACGACUACCAAGUAGGUAACCCAACGCGGCAAAGCAGUACGGCUGCUUCCAUAUUCCAUUUUCCAGCAGUUGCACAAGAUCAAGAACAUCAAGACAUAAACAAAUUAGAGAAAAUAAAGACUCGUUUUUGGAACCUGACUGAAGAAAUUGUACAUCAAUUGCACAGGAUGCAGAGACAAGUGAGACUUGCACAGGACCCGAUACGAUGGUCAGGAAUCGCAUACGCGGAAACAAUCUAUCUAGAUUUGAUACAUGAUUUGGUGUGAAAGUGGACGUCCACGUAAGAUACACAACACCAU